UUUCGUCAUUCGCCUGCUUCAACACCAGCAUCAUUUAUAGGAAAUGUGAGCUGCCCCAGUGCAAAGGUCUCAGAUAUUGAUGCGAGUAUGCCAAAAAUGUCUUUGCAGUACAAAGCUUUUGCCACAAGGUGCCGUUCCAGAUUGGGAAAGCCAUCAGUUCUCGCAGCCACCGGACUGCAGGGUUGGUCCUUUCAGGCAAUUUUCAUUUAGGGAAAUCUGUUUGAGUGGUAAUGGGGUGGCCUCAAAGCCAAGCGUGCUCCUCCUGCCUCCUCCCUGUACUCCCAGGGCUGGGGGACUGCUUCACCAAAAAGAAACAGUGGCAGCUGUGGCGAAGACCAGCAAAUUGGACUUGCUUCCUUUCCCCUGAUCGCAUACAGAAACUACCAACUGCCAUACUAGAAGACAGCACGGGGUGAAAGAAGGAGCUUUGAAAGCUGUGCAUCCUCUUCCGUUCUCUUCAUCCCCAAGGGAGCAGAGAGGGGAAGGAAGGGAAACAGUUUCCUUGGAGAAGAAUUGGCUAAAAGAGCAGAAUGGACCGCUUCCGGAUGAUCUUCCAGUACUUCCAGUCCAACUCAGAGUCUGUAAUGAACGGAAUCUGUGGGCUGUUAGCCCUGGCUAGUGUAAAGAUUUAUACCUGUCUUGACUUCAGCUGUCCCUGCCUGCCCCGCUACAACAUGGCAUACGGCUUGGGGGUUAUGUUUGUGCCCCCCAUCGCCCUCUUCCUCUGCGGCCUCAUCCUCAACAGACAAUCUCUGGUGAUGAUGGAGGAGUGGAGGCGGCCACAGGGACACAGGAGGAAGGACCUGGCUGUCAUCAGGUACAUGUGCUGCUCCAUCAUGCAGCGAGCCAUGGUUGCCCCAGCUGUUUGGAUCGUGGUUACCCUCCUGGAUGGCAAAUGCCUGAUCUGUGCCUUCAGCAGCUCUGUAGACCCCAAGAAGUUUGUGGGCUUUGCCAAUGCCACCCUGGCACAGGCACAGGAGAUGCUCACCAGGGUGCCCUGCAAGGAGGAUGAGCUGAUGAGGAACAGCACAUCCCGCAGGGCAGUGUCCAGGUACCUGCACUGCUGGUCCCAGGCCCUCGGCUGGAGCAUUUUGUUGAUCCUCAUCAUAGCUGUUUUCCUUGCCCGCUGGCUCACACCUUGCUUCAACCAGGCUGCCCUCCUCCAGACACGUCACUGGAGUAACUACAUCGACAUCGAGCAGAAGAUUUUUGAGGAAACCUGCUGUGAGCACAGCCGGCUCUUUGCUCACCAAUGCAUCCUUCACUUCUUUGAAAGCAUGCGGAAAGAAAUCAGACAGCACAGCUUUGACUUGCCUGGAGAGAAUGAGAGAGAGGAAGAUCUUCUCCGGGGCAUCACAGACCACAGUCAGGUGAACAAACUUCUGAAAAUGUGGUACUAUGAGAAACCUCCCUUGGAUGUAAGGCAGGCGAUCCACAGACAUCCUCUGGAGCAAGAGAGAUCUCCACCCUGGGCAGAUAGCUGCAGUGCCAGGUCUAAAUUCACCCAGCACACCCAUAUGUGAAGAGGAGGUUGUCCUGAAGUCAAUCCAGGUGUGUCUAGCAGAUGGAUGGCCACAGUGCUCACCUCUUCUUCCAGAACCCCAGGUCCAAAGGCUGAGCUCUGGGGCAACCAGCAGAACAUCCUAACAGAAUUAGUAAGACUCAGCUCCCAAAAUCCCAGAGUUCCAGAAUCACCGGAGUCAGCAUUCACGACAAUACUCAUCCAAGGGCUCUGAAUUGUGCUUUUGUUAUCUUGAAGAGUUUGUAGCUGUGACAAAGCCCUUCUGGCUGGGCUGGUUGGUGUUCAGAAGGCUUUGCAUGCACCAGCAUCAUGCCAUGGACAGGACACACCUGGUUUUUACACACUUCUUGUAGAUUUUAGCACAAACCAAUCUACCCAAAGGAUCAUCCUUACAUCUCUGGGCAUAACCAUCCUUAGUUUCAGCACCAUUUGAAUGUAAGCUCUGAGCCUCUAAUGCCGAUUACUUUCUCAUCCACUCUUUCUAGCCUCUGUUUUAGAUGUUUAUCAUGAUAUGGGUUUGACUGAUAUUUCUGUCCAGCAGUGCUGCUUGGUUGCAUUAAAAUUCUUACUGUAAAACCCAUGCUGCAUUGUUCUCCCUUCCCUCAUCUCUGUUCCCCAUCUUUUCAUGCCAUUAUGAACUUUUCUGACUUUGAUUUAAAAAAAUCAGCUCUGCCAGAUAUUGAAAUGCCACAGAAAUACCCCAGGCACACCCCAAGCCGUGUGUGCAGUGCCCGCUGGGAUCAGCACAGAGUUCUUCCCAUGCUCUUUAGCUCCAGGGUGUGAUUGCUAUGCUUUCCUUCAAAAUAAACAUCGCACUUGAAUUUCAGCCCUGGUUUACUAUCACCAGGCAUGAGACCACAAAUCUCACCCUGAACUUUGCUGCAGACUUACCACUCCACACAAGUCAAAUCAGCGAUUUUCCUAGCCUCACUCAGUCCCGAGGUCUGCAGCUCUCCUUUGCAUGCUACUUUGCAUGCUACUUUCCAUGCUUUCAGGCUUUAAGCCAUCUCAGAGUGGCCACAAAACACAAAAUGCAAAGAAGGAGGUGUGGGGUAGUUUUAUUAGCUGUGCUGGGAGGAAACAGGAGGAUCAGUCUAGUCACAGAGUAGCUCUGGUUGAUAGGGGGGUCCUUGUCAGAAAAGUUGUAUGGCUCAGGCACUCAGUCUUUUUGUGACCUCUUGGCCUUUGACCUUCACCCCCUGACCUUUGACCCAAUGAUUUUUUUAGCUUUUGAUCAGGACUCACGACAAGAUCCACCCUUUAAUCCAUACCUUUUACAUCAUGCUCAGGUGCCACAGUUUCUACACAUCCUAAUUACCAUCAUGUAUCUUGCUUUUUGAUACACACAUAACAUUCCCAUCGUCAAUGGACCAUCGACAUACAAUGCUGAUGAUGCUCAUUUAGUUUGUAACUCUGGAUUCAAUCUGUCAUAACAGUCCUUCAGUUCAGGUAGAAUGACCUUUAAGCUAUUGAUCUUUGACCUAGUGACCAUUUAGCCUAAUACACAUUGACUUUUGGCCUGGUUACCU